AUGGCGCCGCCGCUACCCACAACCGCCGGCCCACCAUCCACCGGAGAGAUUCCACCGGCGGCAAUUGCACUUGCCAUUCGGGGGCCUACAUUGCUUCUUCUAUUCAUUUCUGUUAUCAUAAUCGGAACCAACACUGCUGGGGGCGACAAGUUCAACGUCUUCUCCGCUUACAGCUACAUGUUUGCCACUGGUAUAAUUGGAAUCAUAUACACAUUCAUUCAAAUUAAUGUCAAACUAUCUCAAAUGAAAACUGGAAAUCAAACCGCGCUUGAUCGGUGGGUUCUCAUCGACUUCUAUGGUGACAAGGUACACGAAAUUUAA